CAAUUUGCACACACAUAGCGAGUCCUAGUGAGCUAAUAAUAGCCAGGUAGCUAGCAACUAACGAGAGGUCGACGAUCAUGGAUGCAGCUUUGCUUCAUUCAUGUUGCCUUAGCUUCUUCUUGGUGUUGGCGGUGGUCGUCCGCAGAGCAGCGGCUGGUGGAUAUGCCCCACCGGCUUUUCGUCCCACUGCGUGGCAAAAUGCCUAUGCCACAUUUUAUGGUGAUGAUACGGCUUCUGCUACUAUGGGUGGAGCAUGCGGAUACGGGAACUUGUUUGCCAACGGAUACGGGACGGACACGGCGGCUUUGAGCACAGUGCUAUUCAACAAUGGCUACAGUUGUGGGCAGUGCUUCCAGAUCCGUUGCAUAAAUUCAAAGUGGUGCUACAAAGGGUCUCCCAUCGCCACCGUGACGGCCACCAAUCUCUGCCCUCCCAACUGGUCGCAGGACACCAACAACGGCGGCUGGUGCAAUCCCCCGCGCAGCCACUUCGACAUGGCUAAGCCCGCCUUCAUGAAGAUUGCGCAGUGGAAUGGUGGCAUUGUACCCGUUAUGUUCCGCAGAGUACCAUGCAUGCGCCAAGGCGGCAUCCGGUUCAGCUUCCAGGGCAACGGGUACUGGCUGUUGGUUUACGCGAUGAACGUGGCCGGCGGUGGCGACAUCGCCAGCAUGUGGGUGAAGGGGAGCAAAACGGGGUGGAUAAGCAUGAGUCACAACUGGGGGGCUUCGUACCAGGCGUUCGCUACGCUCGGCGGUCAGGCCCUCUCUUUCAAGAUAACAUCGUACACUUCCCACGAGACUAUCAUUGCCUACAAUGUCGCGCCCGCUAAUUGGCAAGUGGGAAUGACUUACACUGCCAAUGUCAACUUCCAUUGAUGAUCAUAUGUAUUGAUCAUCAUCAUCAUUAUACAUAUAAGCUUGUAAGAGAAAAUCAUUUAGUCCUAAUUAAUGCAAUGUGUUUUCUUGCAUGUAAUGUAAGACACACACUUCGAUAUAUACGUUUUUGUACCUCGAUCUUUUUUUGUUUGGUGAAUUUCUUAAAAGAAAUGGGAUAUCUUGCAAUUAA